AUGGCGGCGAGACUGACUUCGGCACUCUUGGGCCUCAAUUUCCCAUUCCCCCCUCCCCUAAGAAAUGAUGAGGAUGGGAAUUGCCCCCUUCUCCCCCCUUCGGUGGCAACCCUAUUCAGCAGAGGCCUCUGCGCUGAUUCUCAUGAUUCCCGUGUCAGGGGCAUCUUGACGUGCGGCUUGCCCCAUCACGCCCUCCCACACUUGACCUGGUGCCAAGACCAGCAACAAGGAAGCUCUGAACAAAUUCCGGCCCUCGACAUCACGGAGCCGGGUCACGGAGGAGCAGACAAGAAAUUGGAGACGUUUCUCUUCGGGAAAGCAACCGAAACGGCGGGUUUGCGCGUUUGGAAGCUAUGUAAUGGCCCAGAACCUCAUUGGAGCAUAAUUGGCCGCUCUCGACCGUGGCGAGACAGUUGUGACGGAAGGACGUAUCCGUUGCGACGGAUAGACCUCGAACCGGCCGUAGCUUACGUCAAGGCUGACGGAAGGCAGCUCGUCCUUCCUCUCAGUUUGUUCGGCCUUGCCUCAGUUUACGUCGUUGGAGCUGUUUGGAGGUUGGUGUGUCGUCAGGUCUUGCCAAUCAAGUCUCGUGUGAAGUCACGCUGCGCCACUAACCCGGCGCCCUAUGAUGUCACUCGCUGCUCUUUUUCUCACCCUGGUCCGACGACCGAGUUCCACGAGGCGGAGAGAAACCCUCUUCUCUCUCAGAUCUUCAAAGAUUUGCACCUUCUCUCAUCAUCUUCCCGCCACCUGCAUCAUACCAUGACUACCCACACUCUCUAUGAGCUCCUCUCAGCCUCGAAUGGAGACACAGGCCCGCGCCAAGAAAGAAGGAGAGCUCACAUACCUCAAAGUGAUAUGAACGAAACUGUUUCUUUGCGCGUCCGCCAAAGCUCAUCUCUACCGGCCGCUAUGCCCGAAGAGCUGGCACACACAAUCAGAUCUCAAUCCUCCUACUUUGGGCGGAUGGUCGUCUCUGGCAAAUAUGUACUAGCUAGGAGGGUUGCUUUCGCCCCUGCGUCCUCAACUCUCGGCCACGGUAGGAGCCGUCCCAACGGCUGGACCACGCAGUAUGAUCAAAUGGCCCGCAUAAUGGCAUCGAUCUCGCCUGCGAUGGGCCCUUGA